AACAAGUAGGAAAGUGGUUAAAAUCCUGGCGGAAAUUCUCGGAAAUGGCUAACGUUUUACUUAGUGAGGCAGAGAAAACCUAUAUUUUGCACGGUAUACAGAAUGACUACCGAAAUGAUGGACGAACGAAACGUGAUUAUCGACCAAUGGAACUGGAAACAGACGUCGUGGUUCACGCGAUGGGUUCUGCACGACUUCGAUUGGCAAAUACGGAUAUACUAGUAGCCGUGAAAGCAGACAUUGAUGUUCCGACUUCUGAUUGUCCGAAAGAGGGCAAAAUCGAGUUUUUUGUAGACUGCUCUGCUAAUGCUACGCCGGAUUUUGAGGGACGUGGUGGGGAAGAACUGGCAACGGAAAUAGCUAAUACUUUGUCAAAGGCCUAUCUUUCGCAGCAAGUGUUCGAUCUAAGUUCAUUAUGCAUUUUGGCAAAACAUCAGUGCUGGAAAUUGUAUGUGGAUAUAUUGAUUUUGGAAUGUGGCGGCAAUCUGUUUGACGCGGUAUCCUUAGCUGUCAAAGCUGCGCUGUAUAAUACUAAACUUCCACGAGUAUCAUCGGCGGAGCUUGACGGUGGCUCGAUGGAUAUUAUUCUCUCAGAUGAUCCUUACGACUGUGAACGACUGGACGUAGCAUUUGCUCCUUUGUUAGUUACCGUUUGCAAAAUAGGGGAUCACUGUGUCGUGGAUCCAUCGGCAGAAGAAGAGGAAUGCAGCGCGAUCAGUGUUGUGAUCGGCGUAUCAUUCCGAGAUGAUAAGGGCUCAAUUACAUCGAUUAGAACCUCUGGCGAGGGAUCGUUCCAUGCCGAUACUUUGAACAGAAGUCUGGACCUUGGCCUAAGUGCAGGGAUGUCCCUUAAUAAAGCUCUUAUACAAGCUCUGAACACCGACGAAGAGCAGAACUCAAAACCUUUAGGUGAGAAGGAUAUUUUUGGAUUUUUGAAAUAAAACAAAUUUCUACUGCAUUUUUUUCUUAUGAGUU